AUGGACUUUGAUACAGCAGUCGACUUUUGCGAAGACCAUAACGCUGAACUGCCUUCAAUUAGCAACGAUAAACAGAACGACAUAUUGGCUAGUACAUCAAUUCAUGGUUUUUGGAUUGGCUAUGAAAAAGUCAGCGGUGAAUGGAAGUGGUUGGAUGGAAGUACUUCCAACUUCUCGUUACUGAGCAAGGAUAAAUCCGGCGGAAAGCAUGUUAUGGUCAACAAAAAAGGUAUCUGGACACUGGCCAAUGAAGAUUCUUGUGCAGAAAGUAUAUGCAUUAUUAAAGAUUUGGAGCACUCAGAAAUGUGUCCCGUGGCAAUUCCGACAGGAAGAAGGGAUAAUAUAAAAGUUGAAAGAUACGUUGUCAGCGAACGUAAUGGAAAAUGGCAGUAUUGUUUGUUUGACGUCAAUGUCGCAAGAAUGUCAUGGGAAGAUUCGAAGGAAUACUGCUAUCACAAAUUCCAAGGUCGUAUUUUGUCGAUAACUUCGGCUAGAGAAUUCAUUUUCUUGCACAGUAUACUUUAUUCCCAAAAGCUGGAUGGAAUACAUAAUGUUGUUGUAGCGCCUGUGGAAAGGGACUUUCUGAGGCAUUUAGCAGAUGCUAACUUGACUAGAAAGUCAGUAGAAUACGGAGAAUUAAAGUUUCGUAUUAUGCAUCCAAAAGAAGGUCACAUGAAAGGUACUUAUGCCACCCAUCAUGGACAUUCAUCGAAGGAAUAUGCUACAAGCUGGUUAGAUCUUAAAGGUUUUCUGUACAUCUAUGCGGAAGCAUUGGCUGACGUCACUGCUAUAGGAAGUAGAGACAAUUAA